GUCAGGAACAAGGCAUCAGCUUGGAUUUAUAUAUAUGUUAGAUAGGUAGGUACCUAGUAUAUAUAACCAACCGUAAAUAAACGGCCACCGCCCCCUAAACCCCCAGCACCUCAAAUCCCGCGUCUCGAUAGCACAAUCCCACAUAACCUAGCAUGAAUCCGCACAAACCAACAACAUACUACAUAUUACCCAUCACAGGCGUCAUCGGGAGCAUCAAUCGUACAUACGACGCGAUAGUCUCCACAUUAGCAAUGUCCCUAGGGUUCCUCAUAGAGUACAUUUCGGAGGCGUUUAGCAUAUGGCAUGAAGAAUGUAUCAUGCCGUGGGUAAGGCUCAUCCGAACCAUCACGGCGUUCGUCGCAGCAGUCGGAUCGGGGACAAUCGACCUGAUCAGGCAAAUCCGAUACCUAAUCACAAUACGGCGCGCCAUCCGGGACAUCGCCUUGCAUCUCAUUGCAAUAUAUGUAGUUCUCCCCUUCCAAAUAGCUUUUAAGAGAGGGGUAGACAGGCUCAUACCUCCGGCCGUAGUGUUAAACACGUUGGCACUUAUAGUUCUGGUAAUGCUGUGGAUUUCGUGUAUAUAUUUGAUGAUCUUCGGGUGGUUUGCUUUCAAUACACAACCACCGCAGCCACCACCGUUGGAUUGGGAGGAACAGGACUGUAUGCGCCUGCAUUUCGAAAAUACCCCAAUAACAGCCCCUCGACGAUGGUUACACAGAACUGAUGGUGAAGUCGUUCCACUAAGGAAUCCGGUGCCUUAAAGAAUUCGUUUUAGCAAUCCAAAAGGACCUUAGAAGGCCUUCAUUAUCAGGGACGAAAUAAAGAGGUUUAGAUGAAAAAAUAGAUUCCAAAUGACUCAAAUGCAACGCU